GGGGCGUGGAGAUAGCGGGAAUGCGAAAAGAAACUUUAUUGGAUUCGUAGAAGAAGCAAGUAAACGAGUCGCUUUUAUGUUUUAGUGGUUAUAACACAGACAGAUUAGUUGGACACCGUCAGUCUUAGUAUGUUUUAGAUGUGGUGUGUCUACAGGCCUAUGGGAUCAGUAUAUUUUAUACUUCUGAAACGUGCUGCUAGUAUUUCCGUACUUUUUCUUUCAGGAUAUCAGGUCUUCACGGCGGUGGUAACCUUCAAAGUUUCUUGUACACCUUAGCGGCUUGCUGGAGCGUGAUGGCUGUUGCCCCCACCACGGCAGCAGUCCCACCACAGCCUUUGGUAGCCGUAUGGCAGUGGCAGGACGAUAUGGGGCGUUGGCGGCCCUAUAGCGGCAAAGUGAGCGUCUUCAUCGAGCAGUUCAUGCAGCAGCGUAAUGGGGGACUGUCCAGCAGCAACAGCAGUAUUUCCUUAGGGCUUUGUGACACCAGUCUGGCCUCUUACAUUAUCGAUGUCCCCAGCUUGAAGCAAUUCCGUCAGGACACUGGAAAGAUGCGAUCUGUGUGCAGAAUACUGUAUUCUCAGUCUGGUGCCCUAGGGAAAGGUGUGACGUGGGAAUGGGCAAACGAUGAAGGUGGAUAUACCACAUAUGAAAUGGACAUCUGCAUUUUUCUGGAGGACUCAUUCAACCAGCACCUGAGUGUUGUAGAUUUGUACACCUUUGGUUAUGACUAUACAAUUGACUUUACUCAAAAUGUUCAGAUCAACAAGUUCUCUGGGUUUAAGAGACCAAUCAUUAGAAGAGUGUCCUUACCGUAUCCUGCAGCAUCUGCUGCAACAGGUUCUGUAAUCCAUUCUGGACCUGCCUGUACAUGCCAUCAGUGCCUGUCAAAUAAUGUUGGCCCUAUCGUUAAUCGGACUCGGCAUUCCGUUGGACAUAUACAUAUAAAUUGGCCUCUUCAUCCUGGCUUUAACCGGACAUCUACAGUAGCUCAGUCAAAUACAAGUUUCUCUCCAUAUCCUAGGCGUCCACUAUCAGUUGGACACAUGGCGUGGGGUGGGCCAUGGACACCAGGAACAACAUUCAGUGGGUUGGCUGGUGCUACACAGAUUUCUUCCUCCAGUGGUUACAGUGUUUCAUCGUUACCAAUACAACUAAAUGGACCCAGCAAUCUUAACUCUGCACUAGCAGGUAUGACGGCCAUUUUGAUGUCGGCAGCUGGACUCCCUGUGCGCUUCAUGCAUGCGCCACAGCCUACUACGCAAGCCUCUGGCAAGCACGCCAAAAAGCAGCGCUCCGUUAAGAGGGCAAACAAGCAGUCCAGGAAAGCCCCAAAUCCUGAAGAGGUGAUCAUUAAAUACAUGGAAACAGUAGAUACUCCUCCUGAUGAGAAUUGCAUUAUCUGCAUGGAGAGGCUGUCUUGUCCAUCGGGAUACGACGAAAUCCCUGAGUGCAAGUCCAUAAGCAAUAAAAUGGUUGGCAGAUUUAAGAAAUGUGGUCACACGUUACACCUGUUAUGCAUGCUUGCAAUGUACAACAAUGGAAACAAGGAUGGCAGUCUACAAUGUCCUUCCUGCAAGGCGAUCUAUGGUGAAAAAACAGGAAUACAGCCAAAAGGAAAUAUGGAUAUUUAUUUCAUUCCGCAGUCUCUUCCAGGUCACCCAAACUCUGGCACAAUCCAUAUUGUUUAUGACAUUCCAAGUGGAAUUCAGGGACCAGAACAUCCCAAACCUGGCCAGCCAUACAGUUCUCGGGGUUUUCCUCGCCACUGCUACCUUCCAGACAGCGACAAAGGAAGAAAGGUUUUGGAGCUUUUAAAGGUUGCAUGGCACCGGCGGUUGAUUUUCACAAUUGGAACCUCAAGCACGACAGGAGAGACAGACACAGUGGUGUGGAACGAAAUUCACCAUAAGACAGAAAUGAUGUCCAACUCUUCAGGCCAUGGGUAUCCUGAUCCAAAUUACCUGGACAAUGUCCUGUUGGAGCUAGCGGCUCAGGGAGUGGAUGAAAGCUGCUUGACUCAGCAAUAAAACUGACAGAAUGAGUGACUAGGCAGCUGACUAAAGGCCCCGUUGUGCAGCUAUCCUUGCUACGUUUCAGAUUUGUGAUAAUAAUGCAUUUAAUUUGCAUGUUUGCUCUUGUUCUGUCAAAGUUUACCUUAUUCAGAGAUUCUCUUUAUUGAGUGAUAUAAUGAUGGUUUUUAAUAUAUCUUACUGGUAUGAUAGUUGAUCUAUCAAAAAAAAAUUUUCAAUUGUUUUUAGAAUGAAAUCAAUAGAAAUGAUUUGCCAGAUGUUUUUAUUUUGUACAUGUGUAUGUUAUGUUUAGUUAGAUCUAAAAUUAUACCACAAGGAAGGCUAGAGUUGCCGCAGAGAAGCUGGUUGCGCCCUCCUGCCUUAAUCUGUUGGGUGUCAUUCUGUGUCAUUCCCUUCAGGAGAAUGCAGACAUUGCUUAUCAGCUCAUAGAUGACCUCAGUGGAGGAACAAGAUGGGCAGGCUUUGUGCUUUUCUCUUCCUAAAUUUUCCUUUACAGGUGUUGGUGUUAUUGUUGUAGACAUUUUAUGUUUAUUUAACUUACUAACAGCAAAAAGCAUGACAUUUCUUCUUUAUUUUAUUCCCAUGUGUACUUGCUCUCUCCUUUUGAUAUUUUAAGUGAGUUGCUGCAUUUCAUGCCAGUUGUUUUUUCCAGAUGGCAAAGUAUUAGGUGUUCACCAUGUUUUUAUAAUUUGCUAAAUUAAAAUGUUACUGUCAUCUCCAAACAGAAAAAAAUAAAACCAACAGUAUACAAAA